UUCUAAAAGUUAUACAACACAAUCUUACAAUAUAUCCUUUUGAUCUAAGAAAAUCUUUUCCUUAAGAAGAAUGGUGUACACAAAGAAACUACUCAAGAUGGCCAAAAAAUGGCAACAGAGAGCAGCCCUCCACAGGAAAAGAAUCUCGUUUCAGAGAUCAAGUAUUACUACUAGCUCACCUGCUGCAGAGAAGGGUUGUUUUGUGGUUUACACACUGGAUAAAUCACGCUUUUCACUUCCAGUAAGUUGCCUAAGCAACUCAGUUUUACAAGAGCUCUAAUUAAAGAUUUCUGAGGAAGAGUUUGGCCUCCAAGCUGGUGGACCAAUCACGUUACCAUUUGAUUCGGGUUUCUUGGAGUAUCUCAUCAAACUGAUCGAAAGACAAAUGGAUGGAGAUACGGAGAAGGCUUUGUUAAUGUCAGUCUCCAGUGCUAGAUGCUCUUUACAUUUUUCUUUGCAACAACAAGAACAACAGAGUAGUACUAAUCAACAGUUGCUUGUAUUCUAGAGUUCAGACAUUUCUAUGUGUUUGUGGAGUGUAAAGUAGAUUAAAUAGACAGAUAACUUCAGAAAUAUAAACUAUUAUUUCGUGACUUGUCUCUCUUUAAAUUG